GAAACGUGGAAAGCCAUCUGCUGUCCCUACCCGCCCCCUCGAUAAAAACCCUCCCUUCUGUUCUUCCCGCCACUUCUCUUACACCUCGUUCUUGCGCGCUCUCUCUGUCUCUCCGGCUGCUCCUCCGCAGGGCCUUCUUUCCUCUCUCCCCUUUCUCCGAAGAUGCUGUGGGUCGACAAGUACCGGCCAAGAACCCUAGACAAGGUCAUUGUCCACGAGGAGAUCGCCGGGAACAUCAGGAAGCUGGUCUCCGAGCAGGACUGCCCCCAUCUUCUCUUUUACGGGCCGCCAGGUUCGGGCAAGAAAACCCUAAUCAUGGCCUUGCUCAAGCAAAUGUUUGGCCCCGGAUCUGAGAAGGUGAAGUUGGAGAACAAGAUGUGGAAGAUCAAUGCUGGAACUCGGACAAUUGAACUUGAAUUGACGAUGUUAUCGAGCACCCAUCACGUGGAGCUGAACCCCAGUGAUGCAGGCUUUCAAGAUAGGUACAUUGUUCAGGAGAUUAUUAAGGAAAUGGCUAGAAACAGACCUAUAGAUACUAAAGGCAAAAAGGGAUACAAAGUGCUUGUGUUGAAUGAAGUUGACAAGCUCUCAAGAGAAGCUCAACAUUCUCUCCGGCGAACAAUGGAGAAAUAUAGUGCAUCGUGCCGGUUAAUCUUAUGUUGCAACAGCUCUUCAAAAGUAACUGAGGCUGUUAGAUCCCGCUGUCUGAAUAUACGGGUGAAUGCACCUACUGAGGAACAGAUUAUCAAAGUUUUGGAGUUUAUUGGCAAGAAGGAGAACCUACAACUUCCACCUGGAUUCACAGCUCGUAUAGCAGCUCAGUCAAACCGUAGUUUGAGAAGGGCGAUAUUAUCUUUGGAAACCUGUCGAGUGCAACAGUAUCCAUUCACAGCGAACCAAGCAGUGCCCCCCAUGGACUGGGAACAAUAUAUUUCUGAAAUAGCUUCUGAUAUUAUUAUGGAACAGAGUCCUAAGAGAUUAUUUAUGGUCCGUGGAAAAUUAUAUGAGCUACUUGUUAAUUGUAUUCCUCCUGAAAUCAUUCUGAAGAAGUUACUGUCAGAAUUACUGAAAAAGUUGGACUCUGAAUUGAAACAUGAAGUAUGUCAUUGGGCUGCAUACUAUGAGCACAGGAUGCGUCUUGGGCAGAAGGCCAUAUUCCACAUAGAAGCAUUUGUGGCUAAGUUCAUGAGCAUCUACAAGGGGUUCCUCAUUGCAACAUUUUCCUGAAUGAUCGCGAGCAGGAGUAACCCCACUAAAAGUUUUUGACAUUGGGAGGACUCUUCAUGUUUGCAUCGUCACCAAGCAGCUGAUGUUUAGCUUGAUCCCUUUGUUUAUUUUCUUUAUAAUAUGGUGGAAAAACCUGUGAAUUGUAUUAAUCUAGCGGCCCCAAACCUUGUAUUCCCAAAGAUUAAAAAAGGGACCUUGUCUGCCAUCCAACGAAGAAGAGUUAAUGAAAAUGUCUAAAUUCUUUUCCAAGUGCUCAGCAGUAUGCAGGCCCAGGGCUGCAAAUAUGAUUAGUGUCGUCCCCACCCAGUUAGGUCCGGUUCAUCCCCAUGUUUUAGACCCAUGGAUCAGGUUUGGGUCCGAUAUGCGAUCUAUUUGAAAAAUUGGGUUAGGUUGGCGUCAACGUCUUCCUACCCAAUCAAAUCCGUGGAUGAACUAGACCUGGAGUGGCUCAAACACUGGAUGACUCGGUCUGGGACCUACAGAUCAAUAAUAAAAGCCAUUCAUUGUCA